AUGGCCAGCUCCGGAGACAGUCCGGACACCUCCAAUGUCUGGGCCAUGGCAGACAAGAACACGGGCCCGGGAGAACAAAUUUAUCCCUAUGACCCACCGAGGCUGACCGUCAACCUGUCUCUGGCCCCAGAGCGGCGUUACGACCAAGUCACAGCGUACAUGAAGCAGCGUCUGGACCUCCGACAGGAAUUCAAUAAUAUCCUCGACGAAACCGUCGGGCCGUCUAUCGCUGCUGCGCUAAGAAUAACAGCCCAUCUCCUCAUGAGGCGACUCCACUCGGACGAGGAGGACGCCGAGCUCAGGGGCAUAUCCAAGGCUACUGGGAUCCCACACUCAAUCCUCGUGAUGAUCAACGUGUUUUUGGAUAUGGCUAUGGGGUGCACAAGCGGCGGGGCGCGUGUGAGCGUUCCUGCAGACAAGGAGGCCCAUGGCUCGAGCGGCUGCCCCGAGGGCACAUCAGCCGGUGACGGUGACCGGAGCACCACAAGCAUGCUUCAUUUCCGCACACUCGACUGGUGUGACGGUCCCCUCCGGAAGAUGAUCAUCGAGCUCGACUUUGUCGCCUCUGAAGGCGGCCCUGUCGUGGCGAGGACUUUGACUUACUACGGGUACGUGGGUGUCUUGACGGGCGUGAGGCCCGGGUUGAGUGUGAGCCUUAAUUCGAGGGUGUUGCAUGACCGCAGCACCCUGCGAAAGCGGUUCAGGUAUCGGGGUCAUCAGUUGUUGGCCUGUAUUGGUCGGAGACCUGGCAUCUCGAGUCAAUUGCGCAGCUUGCUCUUCGACAAUGAGUCACUCGGUGCUGAGACUGCCACCCCACCAAAGUGUGGCGAUUCCAAAGGAGACUCACCGAAAAGGAUUCAUGGCAGCGGAGAAAAGGACGCAGAGAUAAGUAAUAUUCUGCAAAAGCUCCAGGCUGCACCCUCUACAGCUGCAUACCUGGUCCUGUGCACCCCCACGCGCGUCUAUAGCAUUGAGCAAGACCACCGUUCCGCGACCUGGACGAGUUCCGACAACAUCCUCGUCGCUUGCAACCAUGACGUGGCGGAAGAGGCAUCUCCCAGAAACGACCCCGAGGCGGGACAACCGAAACAGGAAACCAGGUCGUUCCUCAAUGUGCUCCCAGGCUUCCCCCAUCGCAUUGGCUGGAUCAUCGACCAAUCCAUGGAGCGGAAACAGAGUAUCAUGGCCGUGCGAGAAGGCAUAAUGGACGCAAGACGGCGCAACAAUGCUGGAGAACACGAUCAGCAGGAUCGUCACUCGCACUGCCGCUGUGGCGUUCGCGAGGACGAGCAGGACAAGACCAUGACCCAUGAGGACCUGCUAACUAUGGUCAAAACCGGCCCCAUAAGCAAUGAAGGGACACACUUUGCGGUGGUCAUGGAUCCUUCGGCUGGAGAAAUUGUCUGGCGAAAGGCGUAUGCGGAAAAUUAG